CUGUGCUGAUACGUGUUUGUAUUUUUCAGUACCCAGAUUACAGUACAUUAUCGCGGUGCAGUGGUGUAAUAUCGGUCUUAAUUAAUUAAAUAAUUAAACACCCGUUCGUUCAUUGAUCUAUCGAAACCUUUCGUGUUAAAACCAAUCGUUCUUUCGCUUAACCAAACAUCCGGUAUCUUUUCUUCGAUACAGUCAGUGAUAAAGUGAUAUCGAAUUUUCAAAAUGAGUAAAAUAAAGGCCGGACCAGUAGUCGACAUUCUGGGCGAUGAAAUGACCCGAAUUAUAUGGGACCUGAUCAAAAGUAAGUUGAUCUUACCCUUCCUCGAUAUCCAACUACACACUUACGAUUUGGGUAUGGAAAAUCGAGACAAAACCGAAGACAAAGUGACCGUCGAAUGCGCCGAAGCUAUCAAAAAAUACAACGUUGGAAUCAAAUGCGCCACCAUUACCCCAGAUGAGAAACGAGUCGAAGAAUUCAACCUCAAGAAAAUGUGGAAAUCUCCCAACGGUACGAUUCGUAACAUCUUAGGUGGAACUGUAUUCAGAGAACCGAUCUUAUGCAAAAACAUCCCGAGGCUAGUAAACACCUGGGAUAAACCUAUAAUUAUCGGACGUCACGCGCACGCCGAUCAAUACAAAUGCACUGAUUUCGUCGUUCCGGGUGCCGGCAAGUUGAAACUGGUAUGGGAGUCGUCCAGCGGUGAUAAUAAAAUCGAACACGAAGUAAACGAUUACAAAGGCGCCGGAGUAGCCUUGGGUAUGUUCAACACAGACGAAUCUAUCGAAUCAUUCGCUCACGCUUCAUUCCAAUACGCUCUGAACAGAGGCUACCCUCUGUACUUGAGCACUAAGAACACCAUUUUGAAAAAAUACGACGGUCGUUUCAAAGACAUAUUCCAAGAUAUCUACGAAAAACAAUACAAGAAACAAUUCGAAGGCAAGAAUAUCUGGUACGAACAUCGUUUAAUCGACGAUAUGGUAGCCUACGCCAUGAAAUCCGAAGGAGGUUUCGUAUGGGCUUGUAAAAACUACGACGGAGAUGUCCAAAGCGACUCGGUUGCCCAAGGAUACGGUUCUUUAGGUUUAAUGACAUCAGUAUUAAUUUGCCCCGAUGGUAAAACCGUCGAAGCCGAAGCUGCCCAUGGAACUGUCACCAGACAUUACAGAUUUUACCAACAAGGUAAAGAAACUUCCACCAAUCCUAUCGCUUCGAUAUUCGCCUGGACUCGAGGUCUUCUCCAUCGAGCCAAACUAGAUAAUAACCUAGAAUUGGAGAAAUUCGCCAACGCAUUGGAAACCGUCUGUAUCGAAACCAUCGAAGCUGGUUUCAUGACUAAAGAUUUGGCCAUAUGUAUCAAAGGUAUGAACAACGUUACCAGAGCCGAUUAUCUCGAUACUUUCGGCUUUUUGGAUAAAUUGGCUGAAAAUUUACAACUGAAAUUGAAAGGCUGACUAAAUUUACAUUGUAAUUUAUAGGUAACAUUUUCAUAAGUGUCAUUCGAUUUUAUACAUACAACUUUAAUCGUAAUUUUUGUGCAUGGGAAAUAAAGUAACGUUAUUUUUACUCGUG